AUGUUUUGUCACAAAACUUCUCAUUAUGAAGACAGUGUGCGUGAGUCUGGAGAGCGUCUUCUAGCAGAGGAAGAAGGAGCUCUAUGGAGUAAGAAUGAAGAGUCCUCGACAUCAACUUGCAAAAGAGUUGCAGAUGCCCUAUUUCAAAUGAUUGCCCUAGUGCUGAUGUUUCUGGUCGGGACUCUGCUUGGCUUUCACUGGCGUGGAGACUUGGACGGUAUUUGCAGUGAACAUAUUUCCCAAUACUCCACUGUAACGAGGGAAAUUGGAUUAGGAUAUACUUUGCAAAAGUUCAACGGUUCGCUCCUGAAAGAGAAUGUCUUCCGACAAGACGCCGGCCCCGAAGUUGACGCAGCGUGGGAGUCUUUAGGGGUUAAUUACAGGGGUGUUAGAGUGCCGCCGGAGGAUGCACAAAAGUCCGGACUUGCUUCCGAUCAAGUAAAAAUCAACGAGAAGUAUGGAGGAGGGUACCCGGCGAAUGUGGAGGGCUUGCACCAUCUUCACUGUUUGAAUCUCCUUCGUCAAUCACUCUACUACAACUAUGAUCACUACCACGCAAUGGGCGAAGGACCUUUCAUCAAUAACGACUAUAUAGUCCGUCGACAUGUCUCCCAUUGCCUCGAUAUUCUUCGCCAAGAGCUUAUGUGCACAGUCGACACCGGAGUUCUCGGUCAAAUCUGGAUUUAUCCUGAGAGCCCUGAGCCGUAUGUCGACUUCAACACACAACACCGCUGUAAGAACUUCGAUGCUGUUCGUCAGUGGGCAGAGGAAAAUCAACUACCCGAGGACCCUCCCUCUGAUUUUUUGGAGCCACCGGCAGAAGGAGACCGGAUCUAUAACGAGAUGCCAUGA